CUCCAAGGGACUGCAACCAUGAGUCGGCAAGAACAUUAGCCAUCGGGUACAGCCUGACUCACUCUGACACCUUGGAGCAUGGGACUGUUGCCUGAAUCUUGAAUUAUUUGAACCAUUCUUUGCAGCCUUGUGUCCCUGCCCCUCACUCGCCUCAACACGUCAAUUGCUACUGACAGCUCUCGUUCCGAUACUAGCUUUCUCAUUCCGAACACUCAUCAUCCACGCAAUCGACAUGGCAAACGACGACGCGACAGCCAGCAACGGCUCUACCAACCAGCCCGUGGUCGCUGUGUUUUGCGGCGCCUCCAGUGGUACAUCACCAGUCCACAUGGAGGCAGCAAGGUCGCUUGCACAUGCCCUCCACAAAGCAAACACCAAGCUCGUAUACGGUGGCGGCACGGUUGGCCUCAUGGGUGAGGUAGCACGAACCCUUGUUUCGCUGUCCGGUCCCGACUCUGUUCACGGCAUCAUCCCCGCCGCUCUCACUCGACUCGAGCAAAAUCACGACCCUUCCAAUCCUACCGGCCACUCCAUCGACUCGGCAAUAUACGGACGCACUACUGUCGUCAAAGACAUGCACACGCGAAAGCAGAUGAUGGCUCAAGAAGUCGUCAAGGGAGGACCAGGUGGCGGCUUUGUUGCUCUACCUGGAGGCUACGGCACAUUUGAAGAGUUGAUGGAAGUCACCACUUGGAAUCAAUUGGGCAUCCACAGCAUGCCUGUGAUAGUCUACAACGUGGAUGGCUACUGGAGCGGCCUUAUUGAGUGGGUCAAGAACGCUGUGACCAACGGCUUUAUUGCACCCACCAAUGCCGGAAUUCUCUCCGAGGCUCUUAGUGCUGAUGAGGUGAUGACAUGUCUGAAGGAGUAUGAAAAUGCACCUGGACGGUUCAACCUGACCUGGGAGGAGCAGUAACGGAAUGCGUUACAAAAUUAGAAGGAAACUUCAACGUUCAGCUAACCACAAGCUAGAGCGUAGCUGUGUCUUGGAGGAGAUCGGUUGGUCACGAUUGAGCUCUCUCCUUUGGCCAAAAGCAAUGCAUGGAGAACAGAUCGUCAAGGUACGUCUGCGCGAGGUAAACAGAAGAAUAUGAAGAGAGCCCUUAUUUCCGCCAUUAGAUCCACAUCAGUAGAUCCACAUUAGACUACAUCUUAGAAUUCAAAACAACCAUCUCUAUGCAGAAUUUGCC